CUACCGACGUUCGAUGUCGGCAGAUCGCGCAUUUGCGAUAUUUGUUCUCUCUUGCUUCUAUUUGUGACAUAUAUGUUAAUAUUGAAGAUGUUUGUUUAAAUGCGAAAAAGAGUAUUAAACAAAAUCUAAUUCUUGGUGUCUUUACUGGCGAAUGACAAAUAAUUGAUGUAAUAUUAUGUCGACGUUAAAUGAAUAUACUUGUCAACUAUCUACGGAGGAGAAAGCGUAUAUGGCGGCUAAUUUGAAUGAAACAGACGAAACCAGACCAAUUAAAAUUGCUGAAAUAAGGCAAUGGAUAACGGAGAAUGAAGAUUUACACGCACCUACUGAUGACUUUUUCAUUCUACGUUUCUUGAGGGCAUGCAAAUUUAAUAUCGAGAAGACAAAAUCUAAAUUAUGGAAUUAUUAUAAGCAGAGGGCGAAUCUUCCAGAAUGGUAUAGCAACAGGGAUCCAUUUCUACCAGAGUUGCAAGAACUCUUUGAUUUGGGGGUGUUUUUGCCUUUAAGAAAAUUAGAUAACGAGGGCAGAAUGGUUGUGAUAAUACGUGCUGCAGCACAUUCUCCUAAUAGACACAAAAUGUCAGACAUGUUGAAGGCAUCGUUAAUGAUUUUGGAUCUAGCUUUACGAGACCACGAAUCCGUAACGAUUCACGGUAUAACGGCUAUCUUGGAUAUAAGUGGAAUUACAUAUGAGCAUGUAUUUCAAUUACCACCGAGUGUUAUUAAAAAUCUAGUUCACGCAUGGCAGGGCUGCUAUCCUGUUAGAAUUUACUCGUUGGAUUUUAUCAAUACUCACAAAUUCAUAAAUACAGUCUUAAACGUUUUCAGAAGCUUUAUGACUACAAAGUUGAAACAAAGAGUACAUGUUCAUGCACGUGAUAAAUUAAAGUUAUACGAAACUUUGCCAGUGAAUAUGUUGCCAAAGGAAUAUGGCGGUAUGAAUGGAACAGUGAAGGAACUAAGUGAGUAUUGGAAGCGUACGGUUAUAGAGAACGGAGAAUGGUUCGCCGAGCAAGAAAAAUACAAAUUGACGUUGAUUAAGUAACUAGAUUGAGACUAAUUUGCAAUAACGAGGGAUUGCACAUGCAAUUGUUCAGAUGGUUAAUAAAGAACUACGUGAUAGACAUCUUGAAAUAUUUUUUAUUUUUUUUGUAAAUGAUUUUUAAACAGAAAAUAGAGAACGGAAAACGGAAAUAUACAGUG